CGCGUGAUUGGAUGCGUGACCCGUGGAGUUUAUUGGUUAUAACCUCGUAUUUACACAUCUGUGUGGUCGCGUGUUGCUAAACAUAAAAAGGCUACCGUUUCCCAUGGUUUGUCAAAGGUGGAUGUCGAUAGCCGCACUUCCUAAGAUGAUGGUCCAUCUCCUCCUUGUUUCCUUUGCGGCGCUUCGCCAUCCGGCCUUAGCCCUGCCCAUACUCAAAGUACACCUAUGCUCUAUAGCCGACAUUUCUUCGCGUACCAUCUUCAGACGGACUAAUGCCACUACACCCUCACGUAGGCCUUGAAUUUCGUCUCCAAAAAUGUUAUCCGCAUGAGAUAUGUUGACGUAAACACGUGAAAUUUGGCCAACGCGACACUGCCUUGA